CCACACAGAUUUUUAGUAUGUACCAGUAAAGAAAACAUGACAACAGGCGAAUCGUCUUCAUCACCUUCAUCUUCAUCAAAACGUGGAUGUGGAGACUCUAACAUUGGAGGAUUUCACAAAAAACCGCGUACAGAUAGCUCUCCUAACGUUAGCGUCACUAGUCAUGCUAUUGACAGUGAUAGAAUAUUUGUGGACUUUCCAAAAUCGCUUGUCAAUGCACUCAACAUUGCGUUAGACAGUCUAAUGGACGAGUCGACCUGGAUGGGCUACAUAUCGUUAACACCUCUCAAAAUUUUAAACUCAAAUGCCACAGAUUGUCAUGAAGGCUACCGAUUUUCCAAAGCCUAUUGUAGUUCAGAAAAAUAUCCCACGCAGUAUUCGUUUGGUUCCGUUUUCAUUAAAGGCUUAUCCAUAUUGAUAGAGUUCAUACUUCAUAGGACGAUACCAGAAAACAAGCAAGAUAAAUUUGUUCUCGGGAAGCUGCUACAUUUCCUGUCUGAUAGCCUAGACACAGAUGCUGAAGCCCUGAAAAACAUGGAAAUGUACACAGAGACAGAACUGAACACAGUUGUUACAAAUCAUCUUUUUGCCAAGUUGUCCACAUCCACACUAUUUACCAUUGAUAAGCAGCUGAGCAAAAGCAAAUGUAGAGGAAAUGAAAGGAGAGGCUACCUAAAUGGCAAACCUUGGUGCCCUUGCGAACAAAAUGAGUGUCUACUGUCUGGAGAUUAUGGAGAUACAAGUAUAGGGAACUGGAUGGUGUGGCAUGGUAGUGUAGAUGUAGUAAUCAACCAUGACGUCAUCAUCGUGUCCCAGGAUAACGAAGACGAAAACUGCUGUCAUGGUGACAAACCUCCAGCGGAAACGAAAAGUAGCGUCUUGAGAAGAAAUCAUCAAAUUAUUGCCCAAAAUAUUGUAUUUUCAUUCCUGCAAAAGCACAGACACCCGGAGAGUGAUAACUUUCUCAUUCCAUGUAUAGGCAUUACAAGGGAAGAUAUUAUUGUAUACUUGUAUGAUUCCGUCCACGAUGUUCUCCUUGAAAGCUCAUUGCUUCCAUUACAAGGCAUGGUUUCAUCUCCUGGAAAUAAACUUAAUUUAGUAGCAGUUUUAGUGUCAUGGUUGGUUGUCAAUUAUAAAUACCUGUGUGGUGGUGUGAUGGAGGAAAUGAAAACAACAAAAGCAGAGUUCUUUUCACAAGCAAAGGAAAAAUUAAGCAUUUAUGAAACUUAUUUAAAAUCUGGUGAUGUGAGAAAUACCCGGCCUACAGUAGAUUCUGGAGACCAGGUGAAAAAUCUACAUCACCCAUUACUGAUUGAUUUGAAGAAACGAAACAAAUUGGUUGUUCUGGAACCAAGGGAGUAAUAACUUAACAAUAUGCAUUGUGUCAAAUUGUAUUUUAAACAUAAAUUACCGGUACUAGACUGCCAUGCUGUUUCAAAAUCUUGAGUCAAAGAUUGUUAAUCUUUUACGUUCUCAGUUUGUGACUCGAAAUUAUCCAAUGAAAAAUAUCUUUUAUUAUAUAUUCACAUCAUUUGUGAAUGACCUUGAUCUGUGCUUGACAGGGCAAGUACCGUCUUGGAAAGUCCUUGAAUUUUGUUCUGUGACCUUGAAAAGCCUUGAAGGCCUUUAAUCCUGACCUGUGACCUUGAAAAUUCCUUAACUAUGCCAUUCAGUGUUUCGUACAUUAGAUUAUACCUAGAGAAUAUGGGAAAAUUUACUUUCAAACCAAAUUUGAAUGGUAAGUUUUCCAAAUUUAGGUCUAUGACUUCAAGGGUGACAGUUCGAAGGUGAAAGGCUGUUAAGUCUCAAACUGAUAGCCCUGAAGAAAACUGGCAAAUCAGUGCUGAAAUGGAUCAUGCAUAAAAAGUGUCAACUUCGCUGGCCAACGGUGUUCAAUGUGAUACUCUUCUUUUCACAAGGAGAGUAUUGUAUCGAACACUCUUGGCUAGCGACGUUGAAAACGUGUUUGGCAUUGUAGAUAUCUUUUAAGGUAAAUGUAUUAUUUGCCCGAAGAGCAAGUGAGCUUAUGCCAUGGUGCGGCGUCCGGCGUCAACUUUUCCCUUUAAACAACUUGAUUAGGCCAAAUGUAUACUGGAAUGAAGGACUACUCUGAUAUUUUAAUAGAGUGGUUAUCAGCAUAAUAUCUGCAAAAAUAACGUAAAUGAACUUCAAGGAUGCUGUACAACCAGGUGAGCGAUACAGGCCCAUUGGGCCUCUUCUUUUUAUAAAAAGUUCCUCAACAGAUUUUCUUGACAGGCUUCAAGAAGGACUUAAAUUUGGCUUGAUUAGAUUUGUAUGCACAGUGCUAAUGGAUGCAAGUGUGAAAUCAUGCCCAUAAAAUGUAUAUAAUGUUGAGUUAUAAUGGUGUACAUGCAUAUUUACUGUAAACAUAUGUUGCUGUGUGGUAAAUUGUAACAAGUUAUAUUGAUUGGUUGUAAAAAUACAAUACCA